CUGCAUUUACAGAGGAAGAAGAAGGAGGAGGUGACGUCACCGUCAUUGUUUUGAUCCGUUGUGUCGACCGGAGAAUAUUUUCCUCUGGCAAACACAUCUAAAAGCUCUUGACUAAUCAGACUGUUUACCAUGACGGCCAAGCGAGGACUAAUAACAGAUUCCUUUAAGGUAGUGAAGAAAGAGAGACGAGGAGGGAAACGAAAGAAGAGUCCCACCCCUCCUCCACAGGAAGGUGAGGAUGUAUACCUUGGUGGGAGAGCAGCAGAAGACGUGACUGAGACGGUCCGAGACGAAGAACUACAGAAGCUCAGACAGUUUGACCUAGACUGGAGAUUUGGGCCCUGCACAGGCAUCAGCAGGCUGCAAAGGUGGGACAGAGCAAAGCUUCAUGGCUUGAACCCACCUGAGGAGAUCAGAGACCUGCUGCUGCAAACACAAGAUGAGCCUGAGUACGACCUGAACCUCUGGAGUGAAUAUCCUUUCUGAGACACAGAGGAAGACGUGAGGGUCCAGUCACAGAUGAAGUCACUUCAGUAAAUUUAUCAUUUAUGUUUUAUAGCCAUAUUCUAAUCACCAUUUUUGUAUUCUACAUAAAGAUUUUAUUUUCAUUUUUAAUAAACAAAUUCUUCUGAA